CAUAAACAUCCGGCCUUUAUGUGAUGUUUUCGUUUGUUUAACCGGGCCCGGUCUUGUGGUCUUAUAGUGUACGUGAAUGAAUAAUAGAGCUUAGUACAUGGACAAAGGACAGUACAAGCCCAAAGCACACAUGACAAACUGCACAGCCAACACCAACACGCCUACGACCGGGGCAACUGCCCAUCGUGGGUUUACAACAACUCAUCAACACAGUAGCGUCAUCGUGGGUCGUCUCGCCAUUAGGCACCCACGAAACUUACCAUCAUGCUGCUAGACAGAUGCCCUGUGACCUUUCCCCACGAUGUCACGCGCCACUUCAACCUACCCCUCCUCAUUGCAUUGUGGGUAAUCUCCCCGGUACCCGUGCACAGUUUCUACAUUGCGAGAGUGGAGUAUGCGACCAACCAGGAUGACACGGAAUCAACCUCCUCGGAUAUGCAGGAGACUCUGUCUUGGGCGGUCAAGUUUCGGACCAGCGAGCACAGAAAGACCGUCCAGCGGACUGACUACGACCAGAUAGCCCACCGAAUAUCCCGAGAACUGGACCUUUUAAAUCAUGGCCAAGUCGGAGAGUUACUGAACCAUUACCUUUUUGUGCACGCCAGUUAUAAUAAAACUUUGAAAGGGGCUGAGGAUCACGCUGACGCUAGACUUAUACAGCAGGACACCGAGGCCAGGUUACAGAAGCAUCCAGACUUGGAGUGGUUCCAUCGGCAGAGGAUACGUAGAAGAACAAAACGAAGCUUGAACUUCAAGGAUCCCUCAUACUCUGUACAGUGGCAUUUGCAUAAUCAUAAGAGCCCCGGUAUGGACAUUAAUGUCACCGAGGUUUGGCAACACAACAUUACUGGAACGGGAGUGGUUGUCGCAGUCAUUGACGAUGGCUUGGAGUGGAACAAUGUGGACUUAUUGGCCAAUUAUAAUGCCCAAGGAAGUUGGGAUCUGAAUAAUAAUGAUCCUGACCCGAUGCCUGAGGUCCAUAAAGAAGAUGGGAAAUCCUUAAACCGUCAUGGAACUCGCUGUGCAGGGGAGAUCGCAGCCGUAGCUAACAAUAAAUGCUCCGUUGGUGUUGCUUUCAACGCUCAAAUCUCUGGUAUUCGUCUGCUAGAUGGACCAAUGACGGAUAGUCUGGAAGCAACAGCCUUCAACAAGAACAUGCAUAUUAACGACAUCUACAGUUGCAGCUGGGGCCCCGAUGAUGAUGGAAAGACAGUGGAUGGACCUCACCCUCUCGCUCAGACGGCCUUGAAGCACGGAGUAACGGCCGGCAGAAAAGGACUUGGAAGCAUCUUUGUUGUUGCUAGCGGCAACGGAGGACGGAAUGAGGAUAACUGUAACUAUGAUGGCUAUGCAAACUCAAUGUACACUGUAACCAUAGGAGCUGUUGACGAGUCAGGUCAGAUGCCGUAUUACGCAGAGCAGUGUGCCUCGAUGUUAGCCGUCACAUUCAGCAGCGGGGCUGCCAAUAAACGCAACAUUGUUACUACGGACUGGACUUUAGCGAAAGGUACCGGCUGUACAUCGAGCCACACCGGUACUUCAGCAGCUGCACCACUAGCUGCAGGAAUGAUCGCCCUUAUGCUUCAAGCUAAGCCAUGCUUAACAUGGAGAGACAUACAGCACAUCAUUAUCCAUACAGCAUCAAAGGUGGAUGAGAAAAACUCUGUAUGGAUCACCAACGCGUGUGGUUUCCACCAUUCCCACAAGCAUGGCUUUGGCCUGAUGAGCGCUUGGCGUCUGGUCAAUGCUGCUAAGGCGUGGCACUCCGUACCCUGGCUGUCCUCUAUCAAUAACGACAUCGUGACAGAAAAUAAAAAGAUCUACGCUGGGAAGACGGUAUCAGUUAGCCAAACAGUUUCCAAUUCCUCGGCUGAUGAUAAUGAACUUGAGACGUUGGAGCAUGUUUUAGUCACAGUGUCCCUCACUCAUUUGAAGAGAGGAAUGCUUCAGAUUCAGCUGGUCUGCCCGAGCGGAACGACUUCUGUCAUCGGAGCAAGACGGAAAAAGGAUGACUCUACAGAGGGCUUGAAGAGCUGGACAUUCUCCACAGUGAGGUGUUGGGGUGAGAAGCCAUCAGGGAAAUGGACUCUCUCUAUUAAAGAUAACCAUCCAGUUGCUGCCGAUGGGUCCGAUGUACAGAAAGGUGUACUACAAUCAUGGCAACUCAAGCUGUAUGGAUCCAGUAUGAACACAGGAGAAAUCAACAAAAGAAAACUUCUAGUCUCGGAAGCAAUGAGUGGAAUAUUCUUAGAUGCCAACUUAACCGAACCGUGCUCCUAUUACUGGAACUCUGGUUACGAAGAGGAAAGCUACUUAUCCUCCAAGGCUAUGCAGAUGUUGCUCUACGUCAGCGGCUUAUUCACUCUGUUUGCGGUCUACUACACUCUGGAGCAAGCCUUCUGCAACACUGAAGACAAAGAUAAAGACGAGGAGCAAGGAGGUGAUGAGGAUGAUCCUCAACAGAGGACGCCUCAUCUGGACAGGCCUACAGGAGGUGACCGUGAGGAAACCAGGCGCCUCUUACAAGAGGGUUCAUCGGAGAGGUUGGAUCUCGAUGGAAGCUUCCAGAACGUGCUUCCUAAAGAACCUGAUCAAAGAGGUCAUCAUGCAGAAGAGGAGAUUCCGUUGCAACGGUUAGAUGAUGCCGAGGUACAUGAUAAGAACCUCGGAGGCUCCAAGUACCUCACAGACAAUCACUCGCUGGGUGAGGUCAACUCAAAGGAAUGCCACACGAGGAGAAACGGACAUGACCAGGUGCUCCUGACGAAGAUACACUCUAUGAGAGGAAAUAAAGUGCUCAGGGACGGACAACUUUUAGGAUGUGGUAGGGAGGAACAGGUGCAUGGCUUGGAGAAGGAGGAGGCUCGAGAUCCUGAGGUACUCGGAGGGCAUCAUCCUUGUCAGGGGAGUUGUAAUGGAAGCAAGGGCUAUGAGGAGAUAAUCAAGAAUCUUGUGGAGUUUGUUCCAGAAACUACGAACCUUCCAGUUCCGUCAAAAUGUGGACACGAGUCGGUAAGAACAUGUGCAUGUAGCGGCCAAAGUGAAACCUCCAAUGUGCAAUACACCACGCUCAGCAUCUAUGAUUGUCAAAGCUGCUUAGCGAGUAGAAAUGUGCCUGUCAACGAUAAGGGCCCUUCCAAGCAUGCUUCGCUUCUUCCUAAAGGUGCAACUGACAAAAGUGUGUUAGUUAAAUCGCGUAUGGAUGCCACAAACGGGGAUGGGAAGUGUAUAUGCUCCAAACUACGAUUAGUCAGUCACAAUUCUGAUUCUGUGGAGGGGUCAACUUCAAGUCGGUUCACUGAAAUCGACCAAUCAUCAACCGUGUGUGAUAGCUGCAGUUCAGAACAGCUUACGUCAUUGGCUGCACCGGCAGACAAUCAUCCAAUCACAAGUGGCCUUUUGUCAUGUGCAAUUUGCGGAGUGUACAACCUCUCGAACAGUUACAGUAAAAGUUCCCUCAUCGGUGCUUACGUGUGUAGACAGUGCGCCCGCAUCGAAUCACAACUCACUUCGAAGUCUACUUGUAAGAAGGGUGCCGGACUUGCAAGGGACAGUAUAACUAUAUGUAACGAACAGGAGCUAUUGCUAGAUACCAGCUUUUCAUGCCCCCCUCCAUUCUUUCAAGAUUGCUAGAAAAAGGUGUUCCUAUUAAGAGCCCAAUGUCAUGGAGUUCCUACCACAUCUAAGGGCCUUGUCACACAAGACAACUUUAAGGCAACCAUCUGCAGUGCAUAUGCUACAUGACCGAUUUUGGAGAACUGGAGUUGUUUUGCAAACGAUGUAUUGCGAUCCACAAGAAAGCUGUGGUAUUGUUUGCCUGUAAGCGAAGUUGCCUCGUGUAACAGGGCUAUAGAGUCUUGUCAACACAAGGCAACUUUUACAGGCAACUUUGAGGCAACCAUCUGCAGUGCAUGCUACAGGACCACUUUUGGUAGCACAUGAUUAGUUUGGCAAACAAUGUCUUUCGAUCCACAAGAAAAUUGUGGUAUUGGUUGCAUGUAAGUUGCCUUGUGUGGCAUGGCCUUAGAGCCUUGUCAUACGAGGCAACUUUUACAGGCAACUUGGAGGCAACCAACUGCAGUGCAUGCUACUGGACCACUUUGGUAGCACAUGAUUAAUUUGCAAACAAUGUCUUUCGAUCCACAAGAAAGCUGUGGCAUUGGUUGCAUGUAAGUUGCAUCGUGUGGCAUGGCCCUUAGAGCCUUGUCACACAGGGUCCUUUUACCCAGGCAACUUGGAGGCAACCAAUUACAGUGCAUGCUACAGGACCAUUAUGGUAGCACAUGAGUCAUUUUUAAACAAUGUCUUAUGAUCUCAAAGUGAUAUCUGUGAACAUUCAAAUGUGAAUGCCCUUUCUUGGAGAUUGCCUGGAAAUGGUUGCCUGUAAAUUGCCUCGUGUGACACAGCCUUAAAGAGGAUAGUGUAGGGUGCCAGUUAAAUAGCGUAUAGCAUUCAUAAGGCAUUAAAGUGCUGUAAUUGCCAAACAAUAUACUUAUAGUAUGCUUUAUUUUCUAAAAGAAAAUCAAAGUGUUAAUAACCCAAGUAUGCAUAGUUGAUAUGCGUAUCUCAACAUAAAUUAUAUUUUAUGAUGAUGUGUGUCAGUGCUGCAAAAAAAUGAUAAGCGUUUUUUUAACAUGCUCAACUCAAGUCAUCAGUUGGUCUUGUUGUUAAGUUACUGUUGUGGUACUUGUAAGUUAUCACUACUAACACAAGUUUCGUCUAAUAGCGUGAGGGAUGCCUUAACUUAAAGCCAUUGGACCCUUUCGGUAAACAGUAUUGUCCAAGACCCACACUUCGUGUAUCACAACUUA